UGUGGAAUGUACAGACAGGAAAUGAACUAACAGACAGGAAAUUGUGGGUGAGGGGAAUUGUUGAGAUGAAAUAGAGGAGACAUUGCUGAAACUGGCAGCAGAGAAGUCUACAGAGAGGAGUGUCCUGUAUACAUCACAUGACCACAUCAAUAAGAAUGGAUAAGAAGCGGAGUCACAUGACCGAGAGGGUACUGGACCUCACUGUGGAGAUCAUCUACCUGCUGACCGGAGAGGAUUAUGAAGUAGUGAAGAAGACUUCUAAGGCGCCACUAACGUCAACCAGUCGUCCUCAUGUUCCACCUCCACCCAAACCCAGGAAACCUAAUAAGCGCAACAUUCAGAAGAUUCUGGAAGCCACCUACAAGAUGAUUGAGCUGCUGACUGGAGAGGUUCCUUUAAAAAGCCAAGAUGCCGCUGAGCAGUGGGAGGAUUUGGAAGAACACAAGGAUUUCUUCAAGGACGUCAUGAUGGAGAAUCAGCCGCCCCUCACAUCACCGGGUGGCUCCAGUACCAGAAGUCCACCAGAGAGAUGUCCCAGCCCUGUUUAUUUCCAGGAUUCCACACAGGAAGAUUACAACAUGCCCCAACAAUACCAGGGGGAAGACCUGAUUGUUAUGAAAGUUGAGGAGAAGGAUGAAGAAGAGGAGACAUAUAUGAGGCCUGAUCAACAGAUUACAGAGGAGGAAGAAAUCAUGGUUAAUAUUAAAGAAGAGGAAUUUCCACUAGACAUUAAUACAGCAGGUGGAUAUAAUGUCCAGGAUACAUUGGAGAGACAACUUUCUUCAUCGGAUUGUAAUGCAGAAGAUAAUAUCACAGAAGAAUUUUCCCCGGGAGUAAACCUAUACUGUUCAGAUGGGUCACCAGGCCCCUCCCAUCUCGAAGAGUCCUUCGAAAAUUCACACGCUGUUAACAAAAUAAUCUACCCAAGACUUCUUCAUAGUGUAGAUAGAUCUUCAAGUCUUCAGAGUUCCUCUUCCGGUAAAUUAGAGAGUGUUACUAACCCAGAUGAUAAAAUAUCCGCAGGUUCUGAGAUUGAUAUAGGUUUACCAUCAGAAAUCGGUGAAGAAGAAGGCGCAGAUAAUUGUGAGGGACCAUUCACGUGUCCAGAUUGCGGAGAAUGUUUCGCGUGGAAUAGGGACUUUCUUAAACACCAGAAAACCCACACGGGUGAGCGCAUUUUCCCCUGCACAGAGUGCGAUCAGAGUUUCACUCGGAAGGAACACCUUCUGAGGCACCGGCGACUUCACACAGGUGGGAGUCUCUUCUCAUGUGGAGUGUGCGGGAAAUGUUUCACUCGGAAUGAGCACCUUCUUAGACACCAAAGAUGUCACACGGGCGAGCGCCCUUUUUCCUGUCCAGAGUGCGGGAAAUGUUUCACCCAGAAAGGAAGCCUUGUUAUACACAUGACGAGCCACUCGGACGAGCGACCUUUCUCAUGUCCAGAGUGCGGAAAAUGUUUUACUCGCAAAAGGAUCCUUAUCGUCCACCAGAAGAGUCACACGGGUGAGCGUCCUUACGCCUGUCCAGACUGCGGGAAAUGUUUUACUUGGAAAAAGAAUUUUCACAGACACCAGAGAAGUCACACAGGCGAGCGCCCAUUUUCUUGCUCAGAGUGCGGGAAAUGUUACACUCAGAAAGGAGACCUUCUUAGACACCAGAGAGGUCACACGGGCGAGCGUCCAUUUUCGUGCUCGGAGUGCGGGAAAAGUUUUAUGCGGAAAGCAGACCUUCUUACUCACCAGAGAAAGCAUACCGGUGAGCGUCCUUUUUCGUGUUCAGAGUGCGGGAAGUGUUUCGUCGAGAGGGGACACCUUCUUACGCACCAGAGGAUUCACACUGGCGAGCGCCCUUUUUCAUGUUCGGAGUGCGGGAAGUCUUUCACUCAGCAAGGAAACCUGCUUACGCACCAGAAGAUUCACAUGGGAGAGCGCCCUUAUUCGUGUUCAGAGUGCGGGAAAUGUUUCACUCUAAAAUCGCAUCUAAUGGCACAUCAGAAAACCCAUACGACAACUUCAUAGACUGUUCCAUCCAUUGAACGGUUGUAUAGUUUUAAUAGCCGAGGGGCUUACACAUGCACUAUAUUGUCAAAAGUAUUGGGAUGCCUGCUUUUACACUCACAUGAACUUUGAUGGCAUCCCAGUCUUG